UUGCCAUAAGUCGUUUGGCAACUCGAAUACUUAGAACACUAUAAAUUGAAGACAUGGCGCCAAGUCAGUUAGUUGGCCACUAACGCGAUAGCCCUUUGGUUUUGAAGAAAAAAGAAUUAGUAAAAAUGUAUCGUCUGUUUACAAUUCUCACCGUCCUUGCGGCAGUGUCGGCCGCCCCCGCCCCCAAGCCGGUGGUGGUGUACCCGCCAGCCGUGUACCAUCCUCCCGUGUACCCGGCGCCGCUACACUACCCCGCCCCCGUGGCGGUGUCCCAUGUCAGUACUUUACUGAACCACCACCCGGUGCUACCUUACUCGCCGUACCGCGUCCUACCUGUACCGGCCGCUCCAAUUGUACCGCCUUACUUCUAAGUUUUAAUUCUUGCGCCGAUUGUCAUU